AUGUGGCGUAUCAUUGGCUUCCCAACAUGCUUUACCCGUACCUUGCCUUCAACCACCACCAUCGUCCAUCCUGUGUUUCUGAUGACAAAAGGCAACUUCAGCACACCUGGUACCUCACAAGCAUCGCGAAUAUCUGUCGGAGGGAGGAGGAAUAGGGUGGUCCGCAACCAGGACUGUGUCAAACGAGUGGUGGUGGCAUCUGCUGAACGAGCAGCCCAGCUUCGAAGCAUGAAUCUGCACCAGAGAGAACAGUUUCUUCAGGCCGAACAUAGUGUCACUGCACCCUCAUCUGACUUCGACUACGAUGGAAUCAACAAUGAGAUGGAUCUUCCAAGUAUCAUCCCCCCCAUUGGCGAGGAAGGUUUUGCAGUUAGUCAUGAUGGCAGGGAGAUGGAGCUUUAUGAGGAACUGGGCCAUGCCUUAUCAUGCCAGCGAAUUCGUAUCAAUGAUCGCAACCGUCAUGACCAUACAGCCAGACUUGUAUAUGCAUGGGCAGACCAGUACAAAGCCCUUGUCGAUGCAUAUCUCCAGUUUCGUCACCAAAAUCCUUUGUUAGCAUCCCUCGACACAAGUAUCCCAGCUUCUGAAGACACCUUUUCAAUAUGUGUUAUUGACAUCUUCAAACGACAGCAAGGCUCAUUGCCAUUGCAGCCAACUGUGGCCAUCACCAUACAAACACUUGAGGCUUAUCGUCAAACACAUCGUGUAUACCCGAGGCUCAGUAUUCAUGCAGAGGCGAAGAAGUUAUGUCACUUGCACAGUAAACUGAUGGAAUGA